AUGCGUCUCACACCUGAAUUCGUGUCCCAGCGAUCAUCCCAUUUGAACGCGCUGAAGGAAAGAGAGCUGGAAUUGCGAGGACUGCAAAUACCAGUGAUAGAGAACUUGGCGUCACAUCAGGGGACAUAUGAUACCCUCAACCUGACGGAUAACUCGAUAACGGUGCUGGGGAACAUCCCAUUAGGCGAGUUUUGCUCACUUGCUUUCGGCUGGGGGAAAGAAGAAAUCGACGAAUCGCCGAGAUUACGCCAAUUACAUGCGGCACAGAAUCAGAUCUCCUCCAUCUCGCCAUCAUUACCACAAAGCAUCCCCCACAUAGUCACGCUAGUCCUCUCCCACAACCUCAUCGCCGCCCUCUCCACCCUCGCCCCCCUUGAACACCUCGUCCACCUGCGCCACCUCGCCCUCUCCUCCAAUCCCGUCGCCGACCUUCCCCACUACCGGCAUUACACCAUCUACAAGGCCGCCAAGGGCCAACUCCACACCCUCGACUACACCCGCAUAAAAGAUGCUGAGCGAAAAACGGCCAACGAGACAUUUAUAGACCCCAUAACUGCCGGUCCCAACGCCCUGGCAUUGCAGCUCUCAACAUCGACUGUAUCCGCCACGGCGGCAGUGACGGCGGCUGCACCGUCGGCGUUUGCGGCGGCGCAAAAGUCGGGUCAGGCGAUCAAGGGCGGGAAGGGACGAUUGAUGACGCCGGAAGAAAAACGGCGGGUCGUCGAGGCGCUGACGAGGGCGCAGACGGCGGAUGAGGUCAGGAGGUUGGAGAGGAUGCUGGCGGAGGGGCUGAUACCGGAGGGACAGGAUGGGGUGGAGGAGGCGGUACCUGGGGCGAAUGGGGUGGCGCAGGAGGCAUGA